AUGAGAAAACACAAGGCAAAUAGACACAGAAAGCUCGAAGAAAAGGAAGAGAAGAGCCCUGCAAAAGAAACCCCGAGAGACGCUCGACAGCCUACUAGACGACUGGAGGUGCUACGCAAAGAAAGUGAACGAGAAAGCUACGAAGCGAUAACUAUGGCAGCCAACGAGACAAAGAUAUCAGGCAUCACCACCAACGCCCUCACUGGAGAACGUCAUAUACCAGCCUCAGUUCGUGCCGAUGGCUCCCAGCGGCGUGAAAUACGAAUUAGGCCGGGUUACAGCCCGCCGGAGGAUGUGGAACUGUAUCGGAACCGUGCUGCUGCUUCGUGGAAGAACCGUGGCAAGACAGGCGUACCCGGAGCAGAACUAGCAGUUAGCGAGAACACUGCUUCAUCGGCGAAGAAUACAAAGAAAAAAGACACCAAACCAAAGACUAAAGCGAGCAGCGAGGGUAUAUCCCCGAAAACAGGAAAAGAGACGACGGCCCUUGACAAGGAUAGCUGGAGGUCUACGGCCGGUAAAGACGCUGCUAGCGAGGUGAGGCAAAAGGAAGAGCCCGAAGCUGACCCUGCGAUUGAACGGGAAAAGAAGGCCAGAAACUUGAAGAAGAAGCUCAAGCAGGCUCGUGAACUGCGAGACAAGAAAGACAAAGGCGAGAGUCUUCUGCCCGAGCAGCUAGAGAAGAUUAUCAGAAUCAACGAGCUAGUUCGACAGCUGGAGUCCCUUGGAUUUGAAACUGAUGGCGAGAAGAAGGCCGACUCAACAGAACCGAAAUGA